CAGAAGCGACAGGACUCUCCCAAUUCCCACACUUCCUCUCCACCUGCUGUGGCUGCCGUAGCAGCUGCUUGAACACAGCUCUCAAAGACCAUGAGGAACAGCAGGGGAGCCAUGGAACACCUCGUCAGCUUGGGGUGGAGGUUCUGGCGCUUGGCGAUCUGCAAGGCCGCUGUUCCGCUGCAGGCUGCCUGGAACGCCUUCUCCCAGCCUGUCCCAGCCAGCUGGAAGGAACUACUGAUCCAGCUUCUCCUAUGUGUUUCCUUGGCCAGCCUUAUCGCAGGACUGCUUCAUCACUGGCUGGUCUCUUUGCAGCUUUAUCCUCUGGGGCCCCCUGCCUUGGUGACCGCUCUCUGUGGUCUCUUCGUCUUCCUGACCCUGGGCCUGGUGCCCCCCAUCCGCUGCCUAUUUGCACUCAGUGUGCCUACCCUGGGCUCCGAGCAGGGUCGCCGCUUGCUCUUGUCCUACAGUGCAGCCAACCUGGCUGUCGCUGUGGUGCCAAACGUCUUAGCGAACGUGCGUGCAGCUGGGCGGGUGCUGAGCUGUGUUACUGAGGGCUCUUUGGAGAGUCUGCUUAAUACCACUUACCAGUUGCACCAGGCAGCCAGGGAACUGGGCGAAGCCGGCCAAGCAGUCAGCCGGAGCCUGACAUUUGAGGCCGAGGGCAAUGGCUCAGCCCUUCGCCUUCAUAUGCGCACGGUCACUCUGCAGAUCAUGGAAGACUUCUCUGGCCUGGAGUUCCUGGCUCAGGCAGCCCUGGGCACUCAGAGGGUGGUCACCGGGUUGUUCCUGCUGGGCCUCCUGGGUGAGUCGGCCUGGUACCUUCAUCGCUACCUCACUGACCUGCACUUCGACAAUAUCUAUGCGACCCGGCAGCUGGUUCGGCAGCUAGCCCAGGCUGGUGCCACACACCUGCUGACCUCUCCGCCUCCGUGGCUGCUCCAAACAGCCCAGCCUAAGCUGUCACAGGAAGAGCUGCUGAAUUGUCUCCUAAGGCUGGGGCUCCUGGCACUGCUCCUAGUAGCCACAGCUGUGACAGUGAUCUCAGACUAUGGGGCCUUCCUUUUGGCACAAGGAGCUGUAGCCUGGGCUCAGAAGUUACCCACUGUCCCAGUCACACUCACAGUCAAAUAUGAUGCCUCAUAUAAGGUCCUGGACUUCAUCCUCUUCGUCCUCAACCAGGCUCCGGUGGAGAGCGUGUUUGCCUCGGUGCAGCGCUCCUUCCAGUGGGAGCUGCGCUUCACGUCCCGCGACUGUCACCUGCCGCAGGCUCAACCGCCCCGUGUCACUGCUGCGCUGGCCGCGGGCGCCCUGCAGCUGCUGGCAGGCGCCACCUUACUGCUACAUGCCUACGCCUGGCGCCUGCGGCACGCCAUCGCCGCCUCCUUCUUCCCGGCCCAGGAGGCCAGGAGGCUUAGCCACUUGCAGGCCCGGCUCCAAAGGAGACACGACCGGAGUGACACCUGGACAGACACGCGGGCAUUAUGGGCACCCGGGGACCCAGGAAGCCUGGACAGGGGACAAGGGCUCUGGAGUCUCAUGGACCUCAGUCACAUGACUCCCUUUCGGCCUCCUAUGACCUUGAGUAGGUCAUUGGAUGUCUCCGAGCUUCAGUUUCUGUAUCUACAUAGUGAUCGUGCUUGGCAACAAUGGUCUGCUUUUCACGUGGGAUGUGCGCGAAAUCGUGGCGAGUGGAAGGCCAGGAAGAGUCGGGAAGGCGCGUGUGUGCAGUAAAAAGGACUGGAAGUUUGGGAGGACCACACAGCUCAGUUCCUUCCCGCUAGAUGGAGAUAGCCCUGGUAACAUCCUCGUGGGGACCCUGCAUGUGGAUUCACCUCAGCACUCCUCCAACUUAGCUUUACAAGCCUUUGAGAAUUUACGUUAAUCUGAAAGUUUGAUCUUAUAAAUAAGCAUAUUUAUUAAAUAGAAGAGUAAACGGU